AUGGAUUGUGCAGCAAUGGAUCUAACUCAUGGAGCAGAGAGACAGAGUGGACCCCCAGUGUUGCCUAUCAAACAGCGCAGGUGAGGCAAAAACAUACAGUACAGAAGUUGCAUAGCACUUACAUAGACUCUAUGCAGUGUCUUGACAGUUUCUCUGAACCUUUAAAUGUGAGCUUUAUCACAAAACUAUCAAGACUGCAUAGAGUCUAUCUGAGUGCUAUGCAGCUUCUGUACUGUAUGCACUUAUUUUAGGUAAUUAGGUCAAAGGACAGCAGAUCAAUUAAUGAAUAUGAUUGUGUGUGUGUGUGUGUGUGUGUGUGUGUGUGUGUGUGUGUGUGUGUGUGUGUGUGUGUGUGUGUGUGUGUGUAUGUCUGUGUGUGUGUAUGUCUGUGUGUGUGCGUGCGUGUGUGCGCGUGUGCUCAGAAGUCUCUACUCGCGAGGCUCUAGUGUGGGUUCCAGUGUGGACCUGGAGUUGGAUGGGAGUGUCUCUAGCCCAUUGGGACCCCAUCAGCACCAGGGCUCUACCUGCACAGAUGUGUUCUCUGCAGCCACUGAUUGCCAUGCACUAAAGUGUCCCAUACACCAGCGCUAUGGUGAGUACAACACACAUCUAACUUUAUCAGACACUGUAGUAUUAUAUUAUCCAGUUGAUUUCAAAGAUUAAAUAUAAGUUCUUUAGACAUUUGCUUUUUCCCACCUGAAGUAAAAAAUAAAAUAAAAAUAGAAGGCACUUGUAUUUUAGUCUCUCAUUUUCCUUCCUUGCCUUGCUUCCUUUUUCUCAUGUGAAAUGAAUGCGAGGAAGUGACACCUGAAACCAGGUCUGUGCUGAUAGAAACCGCCAUAGCCACAACAUUUACGUGUCCACGUCUGUCACAAGCUCAACUAAAUACAGUAGCUCCUGUCUACACAUCCAACAACAGUUUGAGACAAACAUCGGCUGAAAUGUUCUUUUUUGUGGAGUUCAGUAUUACUCUUCUGUAAUUUCUCUUCCUUAUUCGGAAGAAGUUCUCGAUAAUCAUAGAGUCAAAGCGUGGAACUAGGCAACGACUUCUCUGGAAAGUUUAUUACAUGUUUUGUAUUUCCCUUUAUUUUUUAGACCCCUCUUACUGUCAUCAAGAGAGGUUUUUCUCAGAUAGCACCACCCCACCACCAGUGCCCAAGAAGAGGCUGGCUCGGACCCUGUCCCUACCAGGGGCCUAUCUGUGUCCCCUUUCCCCACUACCCUGCAGUCACCAAAACUAUGACAACCCUCUCUACAUGUUGGUCCCCAUCACAGGCACUCAGCCCCAUGUAGAGAGAAACGAAGAAAGACAAGUCCAGAAAAGCCCUCUCCACUUGCAGCCCCUAUCUCAACUGGACUUCGAUACACCUGACGAACAGCUUACCUACUUCUUCAGCAGUUUCUACAACCAGGGGGACAUUUCUCAAGGCAUUCAGCAUCGCCACCUACUAUUCCUGAGGAGUGUGGCACAGCGCAUGGAGGCUGGGGUUCUCCUGAUGAGAGAGUCCAGUGAAGGCAUUGGUGCAUUUCAGCCCCAAGAUUUUCUGCUGUGUGAAAACUACCAGUCCAAGCAGAUAGCAGGUUCACUGUACUACCGCCUGCAUAGCCCAAAGUUUCCAGGGAGGAUGCUCGCAGCUAAGGUAAGGUUAUGCUCAUAAUAUAUGGCCUAUUCUCAGGGUAUUAGCGACAUAGGGGGCCCUCGACCCAAAUUAUUUUAAAUGUUUUUAGGAACUCUGUUGAGAGUUAGAAUAGUAGAAUACACAACGUGCAAUUUCGCAAUUUGGUUGUUCAAUAGAUUGUAAGCUAGUCUAGCCAGCUAUCUAAACUUGUAGCUAGUAAUCAUGGUUGAAUUACCGACAGGACAUGUGCCCAGGGACCCUGACCUCCAGGGGGCCCCGAUUAAUUUUGUUAGUCACUCUCACUCAGAUAUCAUAAGCCAUGGCAAAAUGUGCAGGAAUUUCAUUUUUAAACUGCUCACAUAUCUCUACACCCUAUGGUAAAAUUUGUAGAAUUGCAGGAAGUUAGCUGUAAAACUGCUAAUUUUGCUCUCCGCCCCAUGGCAAAAUUGUUAGAAUUGCAUGAAAUGAGUUAGAAAAUUGUAAAAUCUUCUCUCCACCCCAUGGCAAAAUGUAUAGAAUUGCAGGAAAUUAACAAUAAAAAAAUCUCUGCCAUCAAGAGGGGGGGCCACUUAAAUGUUUUACCCCUACCCCCAAAAGGCAAGGGCCAGCCCUGCCUAAUCUAUGUGUAAACCAGUUUGUGCAUCAUGCUCAAGCAGUAUUCAUACUUGAGUUAUGUGCACAAUGCAAAAGUCAAGCAGAAUACAAACACAGCUGCACCAAAUGCGAAAAGCCACGAUAAGGCCAAAAGUAAAAGAUAAGAGGGCACAUUUCUAUGCUCUACCUCAAGCAACAGUCGUGUUCUGCACCCUUAUAUGGCAAGUUUGGCAACCCCCAACUCCAGUGACACACAUUUCCUCUGAACUGCCAAAAGGUGUUGAGCAACCCAACAGACUGCAAAGAUAACAGCAAACAUCCAUGGCUUAGAAAGGCUUUAUAGCCUUAACUUUAAAUGUGACUAAGCCUUGUUUAGGAAAGGAAAGGUUUUUGGAUGUUCUAAUUUCCUCCCUGGUUUUAUUCCCAGGUAAACAUUGAACUUGGCCCCUUGUCUCAACCUACCUCAGUGCCGCCCAAUGUCAACAUCCAGCAGGUCAUUGCAUCUUUCCCAUCAUGCCCAGCACAAGAGAAAGAACUUGGAACCAAAAACACAAUCACUUCAGACUCCUCACAGUCUGAUCAAACAAUGACAGAAUCACCAGAUGGGAGCAGAAUUGAGGCAGAUAAAAGUCAAGCGGAGUCUGGGGAGAGCAGUGGGCCUACAGUUGUUUCACUAUUGCUCAAGGGAUAUGCAGUGACUAUUGAGAGAGACUUACCACAGGCUACUUUGGAAGACUUUGUACAAGAGGGAAGGUUCAUGCAGAGCUUUAAACCACUUGUGUAUGAGAGGCGACUGAGUAUUCUGCUGCUACAGUUAGCCUUUGGGUUACAACACCUGUGCAGUAAUGCAGCCACCUGUCCUGUGCUGAAGGCUCAAGGCAUCUUACUGGUAUGGCCGAUGGAGAGGGGGGGGGGAACAGAGGCAGACAAAGCAGAAGAAAGUGGAAGAAGUGAAGAAAUUGAGUUAUUGGAGAAUGAAAAGGAAAAGAUAAAGGGAGAGAUUCAGGAGCUAUGGAGAAAGUGUGGAACCCCUCGUGUGGCAUUGACCAAUCACCCCAGUCACAGUGACCCCAGUCUCUUUCAACCUGCUCAUGCUGCUCCAUCCAUACAGUCUCAGUUCGGAGCGUUGCUAAAGUACUGCCUGUACCUCCCUGACAAUGCUUCCUCUCAACAUACAAAGAGUUCAGAUGGCGUUAUCCAGAGCUCCCCAUAUCUACCAGGGCUUCUCCAGCUAGCCUCCUGGCUUCAGGAUGGGGGUAGUGGGCUACAGAUAGCAGACGUAGUGGGGGUCCUGCAGGCUCUGCUCUGGGGUCCACGUGCUGAGCUCUUCAGGGUAAAUCCCACUGUGCCUUCCACUCUGCACAACUGGCUGUCAGUCAAGCAGGCCCUCAUGUUGCUGAAGCUGGCAGAGAGAGGGCUGAUCCAGGACCUGCCCAGUCUGGACUGGGAGCACUGCCUGUGUCUACAGUACCUGUCCUUCACUGACUCUGAGACAGUGAUGAGGACCACGGCACUACUAGGCCUCCACAACACAGUGGACUGGAAGUUGUGA